GGCCGGGCGGCCGCCAUGGCGCUCUGGGGCUGGUGGCGAGCGGCGCGGGCCCUGCGGGCGGCGGGCGGCGGCUGGAGCCGGGCGGCGGCGCCCGGCCCCACCUGCCGCGGCCUGUGCGCCGCCCAGGAGCCGAACCUCUCCUACCAGGAGCUCAAAGACUUGAAGAAGGCCAACGUCCUUCACAUCGAUGUGCGAGAGAGGUGGGAGAUCGACAGGUUUGGGAAAAUCCCCGAGUCCAUCAACAUACCGCUGAGUGAAUUAAUGGAAGCUCUACAAAUGGACCCAACGGACUUCAAGCAGCAGUAUAAUCAAAAUAUGCCAUCCAAGUCAGACCCUGUGGUUUUCUCCUGUUUGGCAGGAACAAGAAGUAAACAAGCACUCGGUUUUGCCAUGUCCUUGGGUUUCAGCAGAGUUCAGCAGUAUGCUGGUGGCUUUGACGACUGGGUAAAACAUGAACCUCCAGAAAAGAAAUGAAGAUGACAGCCCCAGCCCUUAUCCCAUCAAGGCAUCAGGAUGGUUUGUAGGUUUUAGCAAACCACAUCCAUUCCACUUCCAUAAUAAAGCCCACUACUGGCUUCUUGUGUAAAUGGACAUUCACCUUCAAAUUGCCAUGCCUAUCAACUGGUUUAAAUUAUACCUGAAGACUACAACACGAACAGAGAACAUUAAAUUUGCUCAACCUUUCAGCCUCUACUUUGGGUUGUGGUUUUGGUGAAUGCAUGUGAAGAGAACCUAAGUGCAGACUUUUUUGUAUGAUGUAGUUUAUGGCUGUUUAACUAAUAAUGAUAGGACAAAUAAAAUUAUUAUUUCUGAAAUACCUCUGUCGGGUAGUUUGUUUAGAAUAGUCAAACUGCAGAUACUCUAGUAUUAAGGGGUCAAGGGGACAACAGAAACCCACUGCUGGUUCUGUUAUGCCAGGCCUCACCAAGACUAGCGAUGCCUUUUGAAGAUCAUUAAGGUCAGACUGUACAGAGGAUUUCAGAGCCACUGAAAUUAUUUCAUUAAAUGUAUAAUUCAUCAUGCUUAGCUGUAUUGAUCAAGCCACCGAACUUCAGCAAACAAAUGAACAAAGCGUGGCAAUCUGCCAAAGUAAGUCAGUCAGGAGCAGCCAAUGCUUCCUUAUGUAGCUACAUUAAUGUUUGUUGGGAACACCUAAAACUACCUAACCACAAAAAAUAAACAAAUUAUUCUGU